AUGAAGUGUGAGCACUGCACGCGGAAGGAAUGCAGUAAGAAAGCUGAUGAGGAAGAAAAUGCGCUGGUUGAUGCCACAAGUCCGGCCCUGGAGAAGGAAGAAAAGGGAGAAUUCCAUAAGUUGGCUGAUGCCAAGAUAUUUCUGAGUGCCUGUCUGGCGUGUGACAGGUGCAUAACUGCAGAGGAAGGGGUUCGGGUCUCCCAGCAGAAUGCCAAGGACCUCUUUCACGUCCUGAACCUCAAUAAGAAAUGCGAUACCUCAAAGCACAAAGUGCUGGCAGUGUCUGUGUGUCCUCAGUCUUUGCCUUAUUUUGCUGCUAAACUCAACCUCAGUGUGACUGAUGCAUCCAGAAGACUCAGUGGCUUCCUCAAAAGUCUGGGGGUGCACUAUGUGUUUGACACGACCAUCGCUGCCGACUUCAGCAUCCUGGAGAGCCAGAAGGAGUUUGUGCGCCGUUACCAGCAGCACAGUGAGGGUGAGCGGGCGCUGCCCAUGCUGACCUCCGCCUGUCCCGGGUGGGUCCGGUACGCUGAGCGGGUGCUGGGGAGCCCCAUCACCCCCCACCUCUGCACUGCCAAGUCCCCCCAACAGAUCAUGGGUUCCUUGGUGAAGGACUACUUUGCCAGACAGCAGAACCUGUCUCCAGAUCAAAUCUUCCAUGUGAUCGUGGGCCCCUGCUAUGACAAGAAGCUGGAAGCACUCCGAGAAGAUGUGCACGCAGGCUCGCACACCUCGCAGGGCGUCGACUGUGUGCUGACAUCAGGUGAACUUCUCCAGAUGAUGGAGCAGAGUGACCUCUCGGCGAAGGAUGCUGCUGUGGACACUCUGUUUGGAGACUUGAAGGAGGAAGAGGUCCAGCGCCAUGACGGAGACAGCUCAGAUGGGUACCUGGCCCAUGUUUUUAGACAUGCUGCCAAGGAGCUAUUUGGCGAGGAUGUGGAGAAGGUCACCUAUCGAACCCUGAGAAAUAAAGACUUCCAGGAGGCCACCCUUGAGAAGGACGGGCAGGUUGUGCUGCGCUUUGCCGCCGCGUACGGCUUUCGCAACAUCCAGAACAUGAUCCUGAAGCUGAGGAAGGACAAGUUCCCGUACCACUUCGUGGAGGUCCUGGCGUGUCCUGGAGGGUGCCUGCAUGGCCGGGGUCAGGCCCGCACUGAGGACGGUCACGCGGACAAGGCGCUGCUGCGGCAGAUGGAGGGCAUCUAUGCAGAAAUCCCGGCUCGUCCUCCCGAGACCAGUGAGCACGUACAGAUGCUGUACCGGGAGUGGCUGCAUGGAGCCGACCCUCCCAGGGUCCAGGCCGCACUGCACACCUCGUUCCCCAGCACUGGGCCCGCUGUAAGCAGCUUAGACAUGAAGUGGUAG